AACAAAGCCAACUGCAUAGAAGAGAAUGCAGAUGGUCUGCUCUGUGGACCUCAUGAUCAGACGUAGCCCAUUCACAGGUUUCCUAUCCCCCCGAGAGAGAACAUCGUAUGGUGCAUUUCGCAGACGUAGCGGAGCACCAGGGGAGGCUAUCCGGUGCACCGACAAGUCGAGCCUCGAAUUCUAUCAAGAACGACAGCGCUGAAAGUAACUUGAAGAUGCCAGGUGCCAUUCAUCUUCGAGUAAAAAUACAGCGAGCCAAGGGGGCCGAUAUGAGCAGAAGUCAGAGAAGACAUGACAGUUGCUGCGUGAAGAUACUAGAGAAAAUGGAUGACAAGCGUGAGAAUAGCAGAGCAAUAAUAGCAAUAGACAGUCAAGUCGCGGGCGGGUCGAAAGACAAGCCAGACGAUCUUGCCGAGUCAUUGAAGACAGUCAAGUAAGUGAUGUGCCUCUGUCAGCAUACAGUUCCAGCGUGGAGAAACGCUCACAGAUUGAAUAAAUAUUACGUUCUAAAAGUGCGUUCCCCAUCCCUGUUCUAUAACCCGACUUCAACAAUAGGCCACUGGCCAUUAAACUGCCUCGACCCGAUCCUUACCCCAUUCCUUUUCAGGAUCUGAA